AUGAGCACGGAGAGGGGUGAGCAGGUCGCCAUUGACACCUACUUCACUACAAUCCACACAAUAGGCUGGAAAAAUGAGGGCAGGCGGAUGCGCUUCAUGCAGAAAGAUGGCAGGUUCCCUGUGGUUUUCCAAAAGGCCCCUGGACACUGGAGCCCGUACCUGAUGGACAUCUUCACUACUCUAGUCGAGAUCCGCUGGAGGGUGAUGUUCCUCGCCUUUUCCCUCUCUUACAUUCUCUCCUGGCUCUUUUUCGGUCUCUGUUAUUGGCUCAUUGCAUACGUGCACGGGGACAUUAGCGACGUAGACAACGCACCCUGCGUGGAAAACGUGCGUGGCUUUACCGGAGCCUUUAUGUUUUCAAUGGAGACCCAGGCGACUAUCGGCUACGGCUUCAGAGGGAUGACUGAGAACUGUAUUGUGGCCAUUAUUGUGGUGACGGUUCAAGAUGUGUUCAGCUGCCUCCUUGACACCAUCGUCAUCGGUAUUGUUGUCGCUAAAAUGGCAUCUGCACGUAAAAGAGCUCAGACGGUUGGCUUUAGCAGCUGUGCAGUGGUCAACCUGCGAGACGGAAAUCUUUGCCUGUCAUGGAGACUUGGAGACUUCCGGGGAAAUCACAUCCUGGAUGGAGUCGCCAGGGCCAUGUUAGUCCGCUAUGUGAAACAGCCACUAGGGACUAUUGUGAUGUCAUACCAGGACCUGCACAUCCAGAACAGAGACAUCGUCCUCGCCACACCAUCCACCAUCAUCCACAAGCUGGAGCCUGGCAGUCCCCUCUACAGCCUGGGCCCUGACAACCUGCUGGGGGACAACUUUGAGCUGGUGGUGUCGUUCACCUACACGGGGGACUCUACUGGUAUGCUCCACCAGACUCGGACCUCAUACACACCAGCAGACAUCCGCUGGGGCCAGCGCUUUCAGGAAAUGUUGAAACUGGGCAAGAGGCACUACAAGGCGGACUAUGCUCUGUUCAAUGUGACCACAAGGGUGCCGGUGCCCCAGCUCAGUGCAGAGGAGUUUCACAGGAGAGGAUGUCCUGUGGAGGGCAGUCAGUCCAGCGGUCCUCGCUUUCCACCAGGCAAGAGAAACGGAAACACGGGCAAUGCUGACAUCACUGAAGAAGUGAUGCAGCACACCUAUUUUUAG